AUGGUGUCACCAGCUAUGUGGUUGUUGGUUCUCUCAUUUCUGCUGACUCAACAGUCCGUGUGGCCGGCCGUUUUGGAAGUGACGGCCCAGCCAGACCGUGUCGUGUCUGUGACCAGUGACAAGUUUAUAAGCGUUGCCAUGGAUCCUGCAAUUAUCAUAGACAAAUGGGAGGCGUUCAACCCCAGGUCCCCUGUAGCUGUCACCUUGGCUAAGGCUCUGUACCCAGCCUACCUGAGGGUGGGAGGCACUACGGCCGACUCCCUCAUAUAUCAGGUGGGGAAUUCUACGACAGCCAUUGCAAAUUCUACAAUAACAUCUGCAGAUUGGGAUGAGCUGAAUCUAUUUGUCAAAGAGGCCAACCUGAGCUUUAUAUUUGGUCUGAACAGCCUAUAUCGUCCUGGCACAGCCUGGGAUCCGGCAAAUGCUAUUGAACUGAUGAAAUACUCAGCUGACAGAGGGUACGGUAUGGAUCUUGAGUUAGGCAAUGAGCCCGAUAUAUACUGGAAGGAGUACAGUCGGAAAGUGGAUCCCCAACAGCUGGGUCGGGAUUUCGGCACUCUCCGCCAGCUGAUGGACUCCAUGCCGGCCUUCAGAUCACGACGUCUGGUCGGACCUGACACUACCGGCGACAGCAACUCCUUCACUCAGUCAUACCUGCAGAACUUCAUGAAAACUGGAGCAGAGCAUAUCAAUGCCAUGACUUUCCACCACUAUUACAUGAACGGUCACACUGCCCAACCGCAGGACUUUGUGGAUCCUGCCAAGUUGGACAGUUUUAUCUACGAUAUGGUGUCAGCUCAGAAAAUCCUACGCAAUGCCUCUUACGGCACUCAAAGCUUAUGGGUGGGGGAGACCAGCACGGCUUACAACGGGGGUGCACCUGGAAUCUCAAACACGUUCGUCGCUGGAUUCAUGUGGUUGGACAAACUCGGAUUGGCGGCGUAUUACGGGGCUGAGGUAGUGAUACGGCAGGAGUUUGUGGGUGGAAAUUACGGCCUGGUGGAUUACUCUGAUGGCGUCUACAGUCCUAACCCAGAUUACUGGUUGACAGUUCUGUACAAGAAACUGGUGGGGGAGACUGUUUUGAGUACAGGACAAACACAGGAGAAACUCAGGGUCUACAGUCACUGCACCAGUAGUAGGUCUAGUUAUGGUCCUGGGGCAAUAACGUUCUAUGCGAUGAAUCUAUACAACACAUCCAUGAAUGUGUCCUUCCCCCAGUUUAGAGGUAUUGACCUGCAUGUUUACGAGCUGACGUCUGGUGACGAUACAACCUUGGUGACCAGGAAGGUGAAUCUGAAUGGUAAACCCUUGGAGCUGAUAUCUGGACAGUUACCUCCCUUGCCACCGAAAAUUUUCUCAUCCCAAGUCCCUCUUCCGCCAUUCUCGUUUGCAUUUAUCGUUGUACCCAAUUCUGGGGCAGCUGCGUGUAUGGGAACCUGAGUUUAUGUGCUCUUCAUCACUCAGUUUUGACAUAUUUUGUUUAUUAUAUGAAUGGACACGAAGCCAAAGCCGCGGACUUUAUAGACGCGUCUAGACUGGACAGUUUCAUCCCAGAUAUGACAGAAGCGCAGGAAAUUCUUCGUAACCUGUCUCACGGUACACAGAAAUUCUGGG